GAGACAGGACGCGGCUCCGCCUGCCCCGCUGUCCCUAAUUGUUCUCCCACCGUCGCCACCAGCCAUGGCCUUAUCGACGGGAACGAGGCCAGCGGGAAGAGGCAGAGCCCGGUACAGCCCCGAGACACGAGAGGUGCUGAGAGCCCUGAUGGAGGAGUCGAAGCUGACGAGUUUCCAGAGGCGAUUCCUGAUGGACUGUUUGAGGCGGGGAGAUUCUCUGCCCCUCCAAUGCCACCCUACCUCCAGCCAAGAACAAGUGCUCGCGCCUCCUGCUUCCUCCCCACCGUGCCAUCAGCCAAGCAAGCUGCCAGCUAAACCCCAUCUUCGGCCUGCUGAGGUCUGCCGAGCAGGAGAUGCCUACAUCCGAGAGAAAUUCAGGCCACAGGCAAGGCGAGAUUUGGAAAGGGAGAAGCAGAGGCUCCAAAAUAUCUUAGCGACUGGGAAGGAUACAGUGGAGCACCAGGUGAAACAGAUAACGGUUCAUACAAAGGAAGAGGAGAUGCCUGAGCUUGACCGCUUUGAAGAACUGAUGAAUGAAGUUCAGGAGAGGAAGGAGUUCCUGGCAGAGAUGGAAGCCCUGGGACAGGGCAAGAAGUAUCAGAGAAUGAUCUUCACUGAAAUCUCACAGAAAAUACGGGAGAUGGAGAUCAUUGACAAGAAGAGAAGUGAGGAAGUGAAAGAGAUCAUGACAAAAGACUUUCCUAUUGGGAACAAAUCUGGUCUCCUCGACUAGGCCAAGGGAAAAACACAAGUGCAGUUUGUUCCUAACUCUUCUGUCAGGCCCUGGGCAUCACUGCCUCAAGGCCUGGCCUGUGCCUGGCCCAUCUCCUAGAGGUUCCCCUGAAGAGGGGACUGCACAACCUGUUACCUAAAUCCAGAAGGCAGGAACGAUUUGUACACAGCUGGUAACAGAAGCAAGCUGUUGUAAAAUCCUCCCCACACACUGGAUCCCUUUAGCAUUAAAUAGAUGAAAACACAGUAGCGGCUAUUAAACAAUGACAAAGAAGGGCCUCUUUCUGAGUCUGCAGUGCCUCAGAGUACAGCACUCCACACAGCUGAAAGCAUCGCUCCCUUCUCCUCCAUCUACCCAGAGGCGGAGGUUGCUGGUGGCAGUACACCGCCAGCACAUCACCACCCACAUCUAGAACCCACUCCAGUCCACAUGAGCCUGGGAAUGGCUACGUUGGCACGUGUAAGGAGGAAGAUGCAGCCGCCUGGCCUUGCGCAAAUGUGAGCCUCCACCAUUAUUGCAGGUCAGAGUGACUGCGUGCAUCAGCAAGACUUCUCAGCAGCAGCUCAACUGGGCAGGCGCUCAGGAACACAGCUGCAGCAGGGGGAGUUGGGGAGAGGGGAUUUCAGCCCAGAGCUUGCUGAUCUUUGCAGCUGGCUUGCUGUGGUUUUUUGGUUCCCGAAAGCACAGUAUGCUGAAUAGCCACCCGCUUCCCACAGCGCCUGGAAAUGGCUGUUGACUCACCAGGCUGAAGCACGAUGCCCCUCUAUUCCCACACAAAAAGCAGCAAAAUGAAACUUAGAAAUUAAGAUCCUAUCAUCUGUUUCUUAGCAAUACUUGUCAGCCACUCCAUAAGCAGGCUGUACGUUCCGUCCCCAGGAAUAAGAAACCUAAGCUGUGAUUGUUUUUCCAAAUCCACUAUUUAUUUCUGAUCAGAUGAAUGGAAGUCAUAGUUAGUACAACAUAAUUUCCAAAUCAAGGUUCUGACCAGGCACAGGGUCAAAGGGUGUCAGGCUGCUGCAAUCCUGAUAGCCUUUGGCAACAGUGACACAACAGCAGGCUUUAGAACAGAUCUGUUUCUCCUCAGAGAAGAGCUGUGCUUUAGGAUCUCCCCUCUCCAAGCCCUGCUCCUCCUCAUCAGUCUGCUGGGCUAUUAUGGGUGCUGCCACCCAACCAUGGUCACUCAGGGUUUGGGAAACCGAUCUCUUUCCAGGAAGCUACACCAGCCAUGUUGCAAGGCACUGCUCUAGAAGUGUUUUGGCUAAAGCCUGCUGUAUUUUUGGAAGGGAGCGCAGCAGUUUUGUUCGGGGCUGGCAUGACUAAUUUGCUAAUGUGAAGGCAUGACAAACAGCUGACCCACCAAACACCCAUGAAAGUCAAUGUCUAAUUCAGACUGACAAAACAACUCAAUAAAUAGCUCCUCAGCUUGGAGGAGAAGGCAGGAAACAAAAAUGGAAGGAAGAGGGGAAAGCUCAAAGAAUACUGUUCCCCCAUUCCUUCCUUCAACGUACACACACACACACACACACACACA